AUGUCGGACUUCAGACACAAGAGGAAACGAAGUGGCACUAGCAUGAUGUUAUUCAGGGAAAAGGAAAUCAUUUCAGUUGACUCGGAGACAGGAGGAACGGAGGAAUUUGUUAUCAUAGACAUCAUAUCUCUGACGGAGGAGAAGUUUGUCAUGGUGGUAGAGGCGAAGAGAUCUAAUUUGGGAAGCGCCAUGAAACAACUUUUGCUGGCGAUGAAGGAUACGUGGGACAUAAACGGUCAAGGUACAGUCUACGGAUUCACGACAACGGGAGACAGUUGGCAAAUGGUCAUAUACGAUGGAAGCACGUUUGAAGUGACAGAGGACUUUAAGGUGAUGUUUCCGCCAAUGGAGGCAUUGAUUGAAGGCAGACUCGGGGUCAGGGAUUAUAUACGAUAUCGAAGCGUACAGCGACAGUCACAUCCUCCAACGUGGAAUACGAUGGGUGACGAUAACAACCUGAAGAAGCGAAAGUCGAAGUGGACUACUUCGUAUCCGAACAUGACCAUUGCGCAAGCAGAGGAAAGACUAGGUUUCCGAAUCCGAUCGCUCAAAGGGAUACCGGUCCAGAGAAUGCUCGCAAACGCAAAUGAAGGAGAGAGCCCGGAUGCCAUCUUGACGACCAAGGAAAAGGUGUAUGAUCACAUAUUGGAAUAUCUUCAAAUCGAAGGAUAUCCUACGGAAGGGGAUCCGGACUUUAAAGAAUCGAACAUUAAUCAUCUGGUAUAUGCGACCAUCAGUCCAAUACUUAGGGAUUUUAUAUGCAAGACCGGACGCGUGACUGUGCAGUUACGGAGCGAGAAAGAGAUUGUCUCUACCGACGGUGAAACAGGAGGCACGGAGGAAUUUGCUGUAUUGGAUCUGAUUUCGGUGAAACAAGAAAGGUUCAUCCUCAUAGUAGAGGCAAGGAGAUCUUCUUUGGGACAGGCGAUGAAGCAGUGUCUGUUGGCGAUGAAAGCCAUGAGAGACAGCAAUGGUGAAGGCAAGGUGUAUGGCUUCGUUACGACGGGGGAGCAAUGGCAAAUGCUUGAAUAUGAUGGUACAUCGUUUCGGAAGACGAACAUCAUGAUUGUGGUAUUUGAUUCAAUGGAUGACGAGAAAGAGAAAUGGUUGAAGGAGAAUUCCAUCUUGGUGGAUUGCAUCAAAUUCGCAUUGAGCAAUGGAGGAUUGAAGGCAGACUCAGGGUCAGGGAUUAUGUAA